CUUGGGUCUUUUAAGCAAACGAGGGUACGGUGCACUCUAAAACCCUAGUUGGGAACCCCAUUCUCAUCAUACAUAUAUAUCACGGCCGAAGUAGCAGAUCCAGAGCGAGAGCAUCCAGCAGCUCGAAAACAAUGGGGGCUUACACUUACGUGUCGGAGCUCUGGAGGAAGAAACAAUCAGAUGUGAUGAGGUUUUUGCUGAGGGUGAGGUGCUGGGAAUAUCGCCAGCUUCCUUCCAUUGUGCGUGUCACACACCCUACUCGCCCCGAUAAAGCUCGCCGGUUGGGUUACAAGGCCAAGCAGGGUUAUGUGGUCUAUCGUGUUCGUGUAAGGCGAGGUGGACGGAAGAGACCGGUUCCUAAGGGUAUUGUGUAUGGUAAACCCACAAACCAGGGUGUUACUCAGCUCAAAUUUCAACGCAGCAAGCGCUCAGUUGCAGAGGAACGUGCUGGUCGGAAAUUAGGCGGUCUUAAGGUUCUCAACUCAUACUGGAUCAAUGAGGAUUCUACUUAUAAAUACUUUGAGGUAAUUUUGGUUGAUCCUGCUCACAAUGCAAUCCGCAAUGAUCCAAGGAUCAACUGGAUCUGCAACCCUGUUCACAAGCACAGGGAGCUCCGAGGACUCACCUCUGCUGGGAAGAAAUACAGGGGUCUCCGUGGAAAGGGCCACUUGAACCACAAGGCAAGACCAUCAAGAAGGGCUACCUGGAAGAGGAACAACACACUUUCUCUUCGACGCUACCGUUGAUUUUCUUGACGUUCUUAUUAUCAGCCUUGUUUUGGGAAUUUUCGUUGUAGGGUUUUCUUGUUCUUGCUUUGAGACCAGUGUUGCCGGAUUUACGUUUGUUGAACAUGGUUUCUUGGGUUAACAAUAUCAAGUUGCAUACUAGCUAUAUGGGGGAUGUUUUGAUCACAUUAUACUCUUUCAAUUUUGGUUAUUGGAUUUUUGUUGGGACAUUAAAAUGGUUAUAGUUGAGCAUGAGAUGUGUAGCUUGGUAUUUCUUUAUUCAAAUCAAUUUUUGGUCAA